CCAGCAAAACAUGUCAACAUUUAACUGAUUGAAAAUGGGUGUUUCUUUCCAAACAGAAAUAUCAGAAACCUCCUAUGUCGUCAUCUUGGAGUUUAGACUGAGUAACAUAAGCAUGCCAGAGAACCCUGAGCUAAGAAACAGCAGUUACGUGCAAGUACAAGAUGUCAUCAAUAAUGCGCUGAACACUCUUCUGAAUGAACCUGGUAGUCCAAAUGUACAACCUAAGUCAUCAAACUUCACGAGCACUUCAAAGCAGAUUGAUGGCAGGAUGGAAUACAGCUUCCAGGAUGGAGAUGUCAUACAACCAGUCAGCUUCCUCAAUGAGCUACGUCUACCAACCACUACAACAGUCUUUCCAGAAACAACAACCAGUGUUUCUGUUACUACUCCCAACCUCAUAUCUGGUUCAGCAGUGGUCACAAGCAAGCUGGUGUUCAACUCCUCAUCUCCAGUCCCCAGUGAAUCUCUGGUCCUCAGUGCAAUCAAAACUCUCCGUAAUUCCAGAGAGUCACAGCUCAAUGAAUCGGUGAAGGUGGUGAAUGUUACCUAUGAGAAGAUCUCAGAAACCUCCUAUGCUGUGGUCUUUACAUUUAACGUGAUUAACAUCAGCAUGCCAGAGGACCCUAAUCUCAGAGGCAACACCUACCAGCAAGUGCAGAAUACCAUCAAUAAUGCGCUGAACACUCUUCUGAAUGAACCUGGUAGUCCAAAUUUGCAACCCAAGUCCUCCAACUUCACGAGCACUUUAAAGCAGAUUGAUGGCAGGAUGGAAUACACCUUCCAGGACGGAGAUGUCAUAAAACCAGUCAGCUUCCUCAAUGAGCUUCGUUCACAGACAGUCUUAACGACAGCCAGCACUCUGACAAUUACUCCACCGAUAGUGCUUGGCAGAGCGCUUAUAUUCAUUCGCCUCGUGUUUGUCACACUGGGACCCCUGCCAAAUUCAGAGAAGGUUCUUGAGGUGGCCAACACUCUGCUGAACAAGCGUCUCACAACUAAACAAGACACCAAAACACAAGCCCUGAGUGAUCCUGUGAGCGUUGUCAAUGUCACAUAUACAAAAAUAAAUGAGACGGCCUAUGCUCUCGACUUUGGAUUUGAAAUCAGCAAUAUAACCAUGUCUGAGAAGCUUGAACUCAGGGAUGGCACCCACCUGACAAUACAAGACUCUAUAAACACAUUGUUGGGCAAGAUGCUCCUCAGUAACUCCUCAGCUCCUCUCAUUAAGUUCCAAGCAGCUGAUUUCACGGGUAAUUCCACAGUAAUUAAGGCCAAUGUAGAGUAUGUUUUCUCACCAAGUGACAUCACGCAACCCAGCAUCUUUGUUCAGGAACUUCUCCAACUUGACGGAGCGAGCACUCUGACAACCACAACUUCACCACCGAUCUUGACUAGGAGGGUAAUUAUUAAGAUUCGUCUCGAGUUUAUCACACUGGGCCCAAGACCAAGUGAGAGUAAUGUUCUACAGGUGGUUAAAUCUAUGCUGGCCUCAAAUCUCACAACUAAACUAACCACGAGAGUAACAAGCAUGAGUGAACCUCUGUCCUUGCAGAAUGUUGAGUAUUUGGGUAUUAAUGACACCGCCUACACACUCAUUUUUGCAUUUGAAAUAAACAAAGUAUCACUGACAGAGAUAAAAAGGAAAGAAGCCUAUCAAGAAAUCCAAAAGAAGAUAAAUGAUUUGGUGAUCCAGAUACUAAAGGACCCCUCGGUUAAUUUGCUCAUUCCAGCCGAAUUCAAGGAUGAUCUCUUUGUGAUUCAGGCCAAUGUUACGUAUGUUUUCUCACAACAUGACAGCAACACGGCCUCCGGUUUCUUGGUCAGUGCCCUUUUCACGGCUUUUACCACACCAGUUCCAACCACCAUGAGCGCUACAACCUCCAACAAUGGUACAAACGUAGCAUGGAUUGUUGCUAUCAUUGUCCCCUGCGCUAUUGUCAUCGGGCUCGUACCUUGCUGGAUUCUCCUUUGCUGUUUGCUGUGUGGUUGCUGUGCAGCAAUCAGAAGACGUUGGCACAGAAGACAGUCGUACAAUGUGCAGUACACCACUCGAAACAGCCUCUUCUAGACAAUUCAGAGAUAUUUGACAGAAACAGGACUGAACACCAAUGAGAACAUAAAAAUCAUGGAUUUUGGAUAUUCAAUAUGCUAUUCAAGACUGCUUCUUUUGUAGUAAUGAAAGUACUAUGUUAAUGCUUCUUUUAUAAAUUAUUUAUUUUAUUAUGCUAUAUAUAAACAGGUCCUCCAUAAAAUAUUCCUAAAUGUGACAUUUUAAUACUUCCUAUAGUGUAUAAUGAAAUUGUAUUGUUGUUAUUUAUUUGUAUUUAUUUGUAAUAUUCUGUUUAUGUUUACAGUUAAUAAUCUUUUGCAAAUCAUUAGUCUGCUUGACACUAGACAGUUUAAUUUAAAGGGACAAAAGGUAGAACAUUGGAAUUAGAGCUAUUAUUUAUUCAUGCUCCAUGCACUUUAACUUUAUAAAUGUAAAGCAAAUGUAAAGCAAGCACAUGAUGUAAAGGAAAUGCAAAAAAGCGAAUUUAUGUAAUUCAUUGGCAUGAACAUGUUAAACUGCAAAAAAAAAACUGUAAUAAAAAAACUAGAUCAAUAAAGAAUACAGAAAAAUA